AUGGCCCAGAUUCAGGAUCCGCCCCAGGACAACAAUUCCUGUUUUCUCAAAGAUUUUGGUGACAACCACAAGAAUGUUAGCCUGGGUUUAAUCACUAACCACUCAUUUACCUAAUGUAGACUCAUUACUUAUGUUUCAUUAACAUUUACGCUCGUUUUUAAUAAUAAAAUGAAGAAAUGGUGAAAGUGUUUGUCGGAAAAUUAGGUACCAUUCGAGCGUCUCAGGAGUGAGGGGAGACGGGUCUUGGGCUGGGUAAGUGAGUCUUGGGAUGCACAAGGGUGGUCUCCGCUAGGAAAACGGCUGCGAGGUCCCGCUCGCUGCUGCGGGGCCGCAGAUCUGAAUGCCGUAAGAAACAUGGUUACGCAUUUUCCCGGGCUGCUGGGCUCGGAAGGUGGCUCCAGGUUCUUGGCUGAGUUUGCGAGGCUUGAGUUUGGUGGUAGAAGGGACAUCGGGAGCCUGUGCACUGACAGAGACAGACACGCACGGAUGGGAACAUGCAAGCAAGGCGUGUCAUGUCAGCGCGCAUGUCUUGACUUCGGGAGCUCUACUAGCGGGUGAUCUUGUACCGCAGCCGUGUGUUGUGUUCCCGCGUGGUGAUCACAUCGUAAGAAUUUCAAAUGGAAGCGUUGGAGGGUUCGAGGUCUGGAGAGCAUUUCAGGGGAUGGAGCGUAGAUCUGUGAAGAAGAGACUAGCAGGCUUUGACUCUGAGAUCGAGCCUGAAGUGAGCGGAGGAACGUGAUUUUUUUUUUUUUUUUUUUUUUUUUUUUUCAUUUAUUAUUUAAUUUUUUGGGGAGAUUGUAGUGGGAACUUGGGUUGGCUUUUGAAAGCACUGUUGGUGGUGUGGAUCUCGUCGAGGCACCCUUCUCCGUAUUCCGUGUGUGGGUGAAGUCAGCGGUUUUGGUCUGGGUUUGGAUCGGGAAUUCGAGGAUCAUCGGUUCAAGAAUCUGGGGUUCAAGAAUCUGGGUGGGAGGCUCCACCAUCAGUGCGCUUGCAGGAGUCGUGUGAUAUUGGAACUGUAGAGGGCAAAUAUUGUUGCUAGGAUUUGGUAGCUCUCGCUUGGAUCUGCAGUUGAGAGGUGCGGAGGUUUUGACUAUUAAAUUCUGCUGCAAAUUAAUGUACCAACCCUGCAAGCAAGGUCAUUAGAAAUUGGUUGAGCGAUUUGGGUUGGUUGUGAUUCAAGAUUUUCUUGCCAUUUGGGGUAGCAUUUCUUACGAGACGGAGUGGACGGUGUUAGGGUUAACAUGUAUCAUUUCUAAGCACUCCCAGGUUGGCACACAGUAUACGUGUACCGAGUUAGUUUGGGGAAAUUUAGGUUCAGGGUUGCCAAGGCCGUCCGGUGGUAGAGAGAAUGAUGAACCAUUUAAGGAUAGUUAGUUUGAAACAUCUAUGUUCCCUGGGAAAUUACAGAGUGGUUAGCGUUUUCUAUUCCCCGCGAGCACUUGCCCUUUGGACAACAAUAUGAACGCCUCAAAACGCACCAAUUGCAUUCCAGGAAUAGUUUCAGAGUAAUGAAAACUUUAGUAUCUGUCUGUCCUGCAACUUAGAGCGUGGGUAGGAAGUAAUCAGCAUUGGGAGCGGACACUAAAUUCGCUCGCGUUUUCCAUAGCUAUUCUAAUUCGUCGUAUUAGAUGUAGCGGGAACUUGGAUUACAUGUUUCGAGCAGCUUGGAUCACGGUAUGCCUCAUCGCCGAGGCCUUGCAUAAUGAGGGGUAACUUUUUGGAGCGCUUGCUGGUGGAGCUGAAGCAGGAUCAGUUACAGGGUUUACAGUGACAACAGCAUUGGAUCAGAGGAGGAUUGUGUGAUUUUUUUAAGCUGCUGUAUCGAGGAGAUGAAUUGGUGUGCAAUAGGUGGGAAUAUAGCAGAUGAAUCGGUCAUGAGCUAUAUCGGAAGCGUCAUUUUCAUGGUGAACUCUCAUUUCCUCACGUUGUUCCAUCGGAGCUUGUGAGGAAGUAUGGGUGGCAAAAUUGGAUCGGAGGAUGAGUUUCACGAGACUUUGGAAGAUAUCACGUCAGCAUCAAGUUCAGACGCUGAGGAGGGUGGUCGAAGGUCCAUGAGAGCACGUGUUGCCGGAGUAGCUCCGGCGACUAGCCAUGAGCGUCCGCCUAUCUGGACACCUUCCUCAUUUCAUUCCAAAUUCUCUGUGUGGAAGGAUGAUCCAAGUAGUAUCACUGACCGCAGGCAGCGUUUGUUCCAGACUUGGGGGAUCAAAAACCUGAGAGAGGAGUCCAAUACUGGCUCCGCAACUUCUUUGGCAACGAAGAGAUUAUUGCCGGCAGAGAAUAUUAGGGGCGAUCAACAGGUUGUCAAAGUGCCUAAAGGUGUCUCCUGUACAACUGUCGCAGAUGACGAUGAGAAAUCUUCUCGUGGAGCAUGUGAUGGGGCAGAAAAGGCAGCAGACCGCAACUCCGUAGGGAAUAGCUGCAUGAGUACGAUCGACUCUGAUAACAAGAGACUGCAAGAGAACAGUGGGGCGGUCUUGAGGGAGGGGAAUAACAAACUAGUUCCUGUGCUUACCAGAUUAGGUCCAGUUUCAGCAGUAAUUUGUCGUGAUGGGAGUCAUGGGAUUACAUUCAGGAGCUCGGGAAGCAGUCCCGACGUUAGUCCUUAUCGAGAAGGUUCCAGCAAAGUGUUGGCAAGCCCCGAGGGCAGCCUUUCACCUGUAAGGAAUGGUUGCGCACACACGGAAGCUGGGGACCUACACCAAGUUUCCAGUUCUCAAGAAAAAUUGCCACAUUUGUAUGACACUGACAACGGCUAUGAGACUAGAAGCCAAGAUGGCUUUAGUGCAGCUGAGGAUUAUGGCAUGGAUGAUGUUUUGAAGAUUAGAGACUUAGACAGUGGGAAGGAGUUCUUGGUUAACAGACUCAAUAGAGAUGGCUCGCUGCAUAUGCUCAGGGAAGUGGAUACAGGUAGGGAGCUGACAUUGGCAGAAUUUGAAAAGGUCGUGGGGCUUUCUCCGAUCACCCAGGAAAUGAUGAGGCGUCAACGAGCUGCAGAGAGUGGGAUCAGUAAUGAGAAACAUCGGUCGGGUAAAACCUCAGGGAAGAAGAAAAAUGGUUGGCUCAAGUACUUUGGAUCGAAAAAAUCUACAAAGGAGAAACCUAUCAGCGGAGGUAGUACAAGAAGUGAUAAUCAUUCGCUCAGUGGUGAGGAUACCGAUGGAUCUUCGAAGGGAGAAAGACUUUCUAGGAACGGAUCUUCGAAAAGAGGUAACUCUAGAGAAAGCUCAUUUGCAGAUACUGAUAGAGAGGGCUCUACGAAGGUCGGGAUUCCAGCUGAUGACUCUACUGGCCCUUCUUGGAGACAGCCCCAGAAAGUGAAAGUUAAACUUCGUCGGAAGUCUGUCAAGGAUCUUUCAGACUUACACAUGGGGCAGGAAAUUCAAGCUCAUGAAGGGGUGAUAUGGACUAUGAAAUUUAGUCCGGACGGACGAUGCCUCGCUACUGCUGGGCAAGACCAUAUCAUUCAUGUCUGGGCAAUCAUUGAUCAUCCAUCUGUUUCGGAGCCUGAUUCCUCUCAUGGGCAGGAGAAAGGGAAUUUUGGAAAUGACGGGUUGGGCAAGGAUAGCAGCGUAAGAACUAGUUCCAAAAGUGACAAGGAAGGGAGUACCAAGGAUGAUAAAGCUGAGAGCAUUAAGGUAGAUGAAAACGGGUGUACCAAGUCCGCUAAAGAAGGGACAACUAAGGGUGCUAAGGAAGCAAGUCUCAGAGGUGGAAAAACUUCAUCGCAACCAACGAAAGCUGGUCAUUCUGACAAGGAUCCUUUACCGAAUCUCUUCUGGUUGUCGGAGAAGCCCAUGUGCUCUUUUCAAGGUCAUACCGGAGAUAUUCUGGAUUUAUCAUGGUCGCAGUCCAAGCUUCUUUUGUCCUCAUCAAUGGACAAAACUGUUCGGUUGUGGCACAUUUCGGAGGAGGAGUGCUUGCGGGUCUUCUCUCAUAAUGAUUUUGUCACUUGUGUACAGUUCAACCCAAUCGACGAUAGUUACUUUUUGAGUGGAUCACUGGAUUAUAAGCUUCGUACUUGGAGCAUUCCUGGACGGCAAGUUGUUGAUUGGGUUGAUCUGCCAGAAAUUAUCACAGCAAUCACCUACAGUCCUGAUGGAGCGAAAGCAAUUGUUGGUUCACACAAAGGGACUUGUCGCUUCUAUAACACGACAGGAAACAAAUUGCAGCUGGAUGCUUCUAUUGAUGUUCGCACUGAGAACAAGAAAGGAAGAGGAAAGAGGAUAACUGGAGUCCACUGUAUGCCUGGGGAUCCGCAGAAAGUCCUCAUAACUUCAAAUGAUUCUCGCAUUAGAGUCUAUGAUGGUCAGGAACUUUGUGCUAAAUACAAAGGUCUAAAGAAUGUGAACAGUUUGAUCUCAGCGUCAUAUACUUCCAGUGGAGACUAUAUAAUCAGCGCAAGCGAGGAUUCAAGAGUUCUAAUUUGGAGUUCUGAUAACAAAGAUCCAUCCUCUGCCAAAUCGCUUUAUCGAAGGGAUAAGCAACUGUCUUGUGAAGAAUUUAGCUGUCAUCUCGUUUCGUUGGCUAUACCGUGGCCGGGGUCUAGAACUGUUUCAAGUUAUUCAGAGCCGGGUAGCGGAACCUCAGCUGGGUCUGACAGGAUUGACAGCGCACGUGCGGCGAGCGAAAUUGAUCCUUCUUCCCCUCGAAAUGACGCUGGCGUUUUUGGCAGGGAACAGUCCGACGAAAAAAUUGCAUCUUCUGAUAGGUUUCUAAGUUUUAGAGAUUCUUCAGACAGGUUUCUGAGUUUUAGAGAUUCUUCAGACAGGCUUCUGAGUUUUAGAGAUUCCUCAGACAGGUUUCUUAGUUUCAGAGAUGAAGUGGAUGAAAUGGAUGAAGAACCCGAUGGUGUUGUUCAAGGGGAUAGCACGAGGUUUGACGACGUGAAGUUCGAGAAUCAAGGUUCUGUCUCAGGCGAUGGCGAGGAUUCUCCUCCUCCCCUGCAUUCGUGCAGGAGCUUCUUUGUUGACAGUGAACCUAAUGGAUCGACCACGAGAUGGUCGGGAGAACAGCCUUCGGCAUUCGGCAGUCCUUUGGGCUCUGGACCCGGCCUGAUGCGCUCAGCUUCGCUGGGUAGUGAUGACGGCGGGCGCAUUGUUGAGGAUUCAAGCCCAGGCAAAGCCACUUCCCUGGUUUCUGCUCUGUGGGGUGUAGUCAUAGUAACUGCAGGGUUGGAUGGCAAAAUAAGAACCUUCCAAAACUACGGUCACCCUGUCCGGCUUUGAGUAGGAGGGACAUCUAGCAUUUGAUUCAGUGCUCAGGAUGAAUUCAUUUAUGUCCAGCGUCUUUAUCCUCUUUCACGAGAUCAAUCACAAGUUGUGAUUGUCUAUUCUUUGUGCCUUCCAAGGUUUCACAAAAUUAUUUCCAGAGUAAUAUGUUAAAUUGCUUUACUUUA